CUAGCACGCAACGCAACCUCCCUCAGGUGUCGGGUGCCGGCGGCCAUGCCGUCGACGGCGCCUGUAGAGCUCGACUUCCUCGGCCUCCGUCCUGCUGCUGCGGCCGCCGCCGAAGACGACCACCACCACGGCAGCAGCACCACCUCCGCCGCCGCAGCUGCCUCCUCCUCCGUCCGAGGCAUGAAGACGAGCGCGAUAGCGAGCAUCGGGGCGCACAAGCUGCGCCGCGUCAUCGCCGGCGACGAGGCGACCAAGCAGCAUCAGCAGCAGCAGGCCCCCAUGACGGUCUUCUACGGCGGCGCCGUGGCCACCUUCGACGGCGUCUCCCAGGACACGGCGGAGGCUAUAAUGAAGAUGGCGAUGGAGGUCACUGCUUCCAGCGGAGGCCGCAUCGUCCGCCGCGACGCAUUUCGUGGAAAUUUAACCAAAGACAUGCCGCUCACAAGAACCAAAUCGCUGCAGCAGUUUCUACAGAAGCGAAAGGAGAGGCUGAGUGGGCCGGGUCCUUAUCUGCCAGCAUCGGGAGGACGAAGCAGCCGCGUUGGUGCAGCGACCAUGACGUUUCAUGUGAAGGAGGAAGCAGCUUAAUAAGCCUAUAGCUACCUUACUUGGCUUGGAGUCCACUGCAGCAAGCUACUAAUUCAAAAAGGAUUCUUUGACAGUAUUUUCUUUAUUCGAUAGUAUAAUUGUAUCUACAAUUUUUUUAAAAAAAAUCCGCAGGGAUAAGUUCGUUUCACAAUUUCAUUCAUGAUUGUAGAUAAGGUUAACUCUCGAGUUGAUCAUAGCCAUAUCUAUGCUUGUUAUA